AUGGUCCGCAAACUCAAGUAUCACGAGCAGAAGCUUCUGCGGAAGCACGACUUUAUUACAUACAAACAGGAUGGCGAUCACCGCGAUGCUUCAGUGGUUCGCCGAUACAUGAUCCAGAAGCCCGAAGAUUAUCACAAAUACAACAGACUAUGCGGCUCCAUCCGUCAGCUGGCACACAGAAUCAGUCUCAUGCCCCCGGAAAAUGCGGCCCGCCGAAAGCACGAGAAGCUGCUCCUCGACAAAUUGUACGACAUGGGCGUUCUGUCUACGGCCUCGAAGCUUUCGGCCGUCGAGCACAACGUCACCGUCAGCGCGUUUGCGAGACGGCGUCUCCCCGUUGUCAUGACUCGCCUCCGCAUGGCCGAGACAGUACAGGCAGCGACGAAGCUCAUCGAACAAGGACACGUGCGUGUCGGUACGGAAACGUGCGUCGAUCCGGCCUUCCUGGUCACCCGCAGCAUGGAGGACUUCGUCACAUGGACUGUGGGCAGCAAGGUCAAGCGGAACAUCAUGAAGUAUCGCGACAAGCUGGACGACUUUGAGCUGUUGUAA